AUGGACGUUCAAGCUCACCACCUCGGCGUGAAUCUCUCCCCCCUGGACUUUGCUCCUCUCUUGUACGGCCUCAUCACGGGUCUCAUCCUCUACCUCCCCCUCGUCGCCCUACACAACCUCACCCUCCACCCUUUGGCCCGCGCCCGUAUUCCGCUUUACUCGGUCGGGAGCGUCGCAUCUGCAUGGCCGGCUACCAUGUCGAUGCUGUUCAAGGGCAAGCGACACGUCGAGGUACACGAGCGCCAGCUUUUCGUAGGGCCGGUAAUGAGGACUGGGGCGAACGAGGUCGUUCUGUCUGACCCGGCGUGGAACCGGUUUAUCAUGGGUAGCAAGUUCUCCAAGGUGACCAAUCAUCACGAGGUCAGCAGACGCGAUGGUCGGGCUGCUAAGUUAUUCUUCAAUCACGACCACCACGUCGCAGCCGGCAAACGCAAGGCAAUUCUGCCCCACUACGCGGCGCAUCAGAUGCCGCAGUGGAACCCAGAAUACCAGGAGCAUUUCGGCAAGCUACUUCGCCUGAUCAACGCCGUCUCAUCCACCAAGCCCGGAGAAGGCAUCGACAUUAUGCCGAUCUUCCGCCUGACCUGUAUCGAUAUCGGAGGUCAGAUCGUCAUGGGAACGGAGCUGGGCAUGAUGGAUGCCUAUCUCCAAGGAAGGGAUAGGGGGAUGGGCGAACAAACGCGGAUCGCAUUCUACCGGUCGCUCUGCGCGUCCUCACUCCCAUCGCUAGUCUGGAGUAUGCUCGAGUGGCUUCCGGUAGCAUCAUGGCAGACCAUCGUCCAGUCCGAACGGGUCCUGCAGAACUACUACACCCCUCUUAUCCGAGCGGCAAUGAACAAGCCCAUGGGUGAUCGACCCUGUACCGCCCAAAGACUCCGAGCGACGGUGGACCACCAUACCCGCUUGCCUUGGACGGAGCACCACAUCAUCGAAGAGUGUAUGGACCAUAUUAUGGUUUCCCCCGAACCUACCGGUGUUGCCGCUUAUGCUUUGUGGCUCCUCUCGACCCAUCCUCGCGUCCAGGAGAAGCUGGCCGACGAGGUCAGGGCGCACAGGCUGGAGCGAGGGGAAGUGGCAGGAGUGAGAGAAGUCGCAGAAUACGAGUACCUCCUGGCUGUGCUCAAAGAGACUAUACGGCUCUACCCCGCCGCCCCCGGUCCUCGACUCCGCGUCCUGGGCAAAGAAGGGAUGAUGGUCGGCGAGUACCAUAUCCCAGCUGGAACCGCGGUCGGCGUGCAAGUCUGGACGGCUCAUCGGUCGGUUGGCAUCUGGGGAUCUGACGCAGCUUGCUUCCGACCCGAGCGAUUCUUGGAGGAGAUGACACCGGAACAGACUGUAGCGUUCAGCCCCUUCUCAUCGGGCAACAGACCCUGCCCUGGUCAGAACUUCGCAUCCGCCACCCUGCGAGUGAGCGUGUCGUCCAUCGUCCGAUCAUUUCACCUGCGCCCGGCCCCCGAGACGACGGUACAGUCGAUGGAGCCGAGAGACUGGGGGACGCUGAUCCCUGCAUCGGGGGAGUGCAAGUGGAUCUUCACUCCGAGAGAGGCGUAG